AUGUCCGCCGCUGUACAGGGAGCGAUCUCCAAGCGCCGCAAGUUCGUGGCCGACGGUGUGUUCUACGCCGAAUUGAACGAGUUCUUCCAGCGCGAAUUGGCUGAGGAGGGCUACUCUGGCGUCGAAGUCCGAGUUACUCCCACCGUUACCGACAUCAUCAUCCGCGCUACCCACACCCAAGAAGUUUUGGGUGAGCAAGGUCGCCGUAUCCGCGAACUCACUUCCCUCAUCCAGAAGCGAUUCAAGUUCCCAGAGAACUCCGUCUCCCUCUAUGCCGCCAAGGUCCAAAACCGUGGUCUCUCUGCCGUUGCACAGUGUGAGAGUUUGAGAUACAAACUCCUCAACGGUUUGGCCGUCCGAAGAGCUUGCUAUGGUGUUCUCCGAUUCAUCAUGGAGAGCGGUGCUAAGGGUUGUGAGGUCGUUGUUUCUGGAAAACUACGAGCUGCCCGUGCCAAGAGCAUGAAGUUCACUGAUGGUUUCAUGAUUCACUCCGGUCAGCCAGCUCGCGACUUCAUCGACCACGCUACCCGUCACGUUCUCCUCCGCCAGGGUGUUCUCGGUAUCAAGGUCAAGAUCAUGCGCGGAAGCGACCCAGAGGGCAAGUCUGGACCUCAAAAGACCCUCCCCGACUCCGUCACCAUCAUCGAGCCAAAGGAGGAACAGCCAGUUCUUCAGCCAAUGAGCCAGGACUACGGAGCCAAGGCUGCUGCCGCCCAAGCUCUCGCUGAACAGCAACGGUUGGCUGAGCAAGAGCAAGAAGGUGGUGCGGAAGUUGAGGCUGGAGAGGCCCAAGAGUAA